AAUAGACUCAGGGCGGAACACACAGCGUGUCUGUAGUGACGUACAGAGUCGGAACGUGAAGCAUGGCUGGGGAAGGCGAAAAGAAACCUGUGCUGGAGAUGGUCCAGGCCGAUGGGGCCGAUGAAGGGUGUGUGACAUUUGUGCUGCAUAAUGAAGACCAUACACUAGGAAAUUCCCUCAGAUAUAUGAUCAUGAAGACCGCGGAUGUAGAUUUCUGUGGCUACACCAUCACCCAUCCGUCCGAGAGCAAGAUCAACUUUCGCAUUCAAACACGAGGCAGUAUUCCGGCUACGGAGCCGCUGCGAAGCGGCCUGAAUGAGCUUAGUGAUGUUUGCCAACAUGUUCUCAACACCUUUCAGGCGAGAGUCAAUGAGUUCAAAGAGAGGCAGGAGGAGCCGAUGGAAUGAAGAGCCUCUCGUAUGUUUGUCUGCGAAGCUGCCAGACUCAACUAAACUAAAGAUGUGUCACCUCAAUAACUCCUUUGUUAUAUGUAUAUAUUUAUGUACAAGCCAGCUCACAUUUAAUCACUUGUACAGUUUUCUUUUUUCACACCAUGUUGGGAUUGAUGUGCGAUGCGUGUGUUUAUGGAAUCUUUGGAUUGAUUGAUAGAAAUUUAGGAGAUUAAAACGUAAUCAAACAAUA